AUGCUGCGACCGGCGACGCCCUUGUCAGUGCUGCUUGGGAUUGCCUUUGCUCUGCUGCUCCUUUCCGUGAUAUCGGCGCCCAUCAUUUCGGCCAUUCCCAUCGGCAGCUUCGACAAUGUCCAGUUUGGCGUCUUUGGCUUUUGCGGGCCCUCGGGCUGCAGCAGCGCUGGCAUCGGCUACGAUAUUGAUAGCGUCAUCCCCAAUCGCAAGUCUCAGGAUUUCGACCUGCCUAGUGGCGUUCGCCAUACGCUCUCUAUGAUCCUGAUUCUUCAUCCCGUGGCCGCAUUCCUCACGCUGGUCAUGUUUUGCAUGGCCGUUGCUGCCCACUUCCGCGCUGCUUCUCACUCGUCAAAGUACCUGCUCGCCUUUCUCAUCUUCAACCUCAUCACCUUCCUCGUCUGCAUUGCGGCUUUCGUCAUUGAUGUCUUGCUCUUCAUUCCUCACCUGGCAUGGGGCACCUACAUUACCAUCGCUGCCACGGCCUUGGUUUUCUUCAGCCUCCUCGUAUCCUGCGCUAUGCGACGCACUCUGAUCAGCCGAAAAGAUCAAAGGAGGAGGAUUGCAGAGAAUGCAGAGAUGAAUGCUCAGAAUUACUAUAACCGAGAGGAGCAGGAGCCCAAAUCUGCCUUUGUCAUGACUACCCAGCCCACCGUGCCGACCAUUGCUAGCGGCGGAAGUGGCACGCAAGACACUCUGCCUGCAUUCGCCACGUAUGAGACUCCGCGAGACGACCAGGUCAGCGACGAGCACAUUCCUCUGACGCAGCGAACUACGUCUGAGAGGUCGAACAAUGGGAUGCAGCCCAUGGCCGCUGAUAUGGCCGCAGUUCCAGGCAGUGAUAUUGGCGGCCCAUACAACGGGCCACAGAGGUCUCAGUCGACGGACCCAUACGGUAACUAUCCCAAUAAUGCCUACGGAGCCGCGGCUGGGCAGCCUUAUGACCGUAUGAAUCGCGGCCCCACCAGACAGGCAACCGACCCCUCUAAUGGAUAUCGCGGUGGUGGCCGUGGUGGCCGUGGCGGCUACGGGGCCCCCAUGAGAGGACGCGGCGGCGGUGGUUAUGGCCCUCCCGGCCGAGGUGGAUACGGCCCUCGUGGUGGUCGCGGAGGAGCAGCAGCAGGAGGGGGAUAUGGACCGCAACCUCGCGGAGGCAACGGUCAAUACUAUAACAUGCCUAGAGGCGGAGGCACGCGCAGCCCCCCGCCCAUGAAUUACUCAAACGACAAUGUUAGCCAAUAUAACAGGCUGCCACAACAGCAGCUGGGCUACGUUGACGAACGAGGCCCUUAUGCUGACGUCCAACUGGCACAGUCUGACCCUUUGGUAAAUUAUCCAGCCCCGACUCGCAGCGCCAGUGCCAGCGACAACAGCAGUAGCAACAAAUUUAUGCCGUAUCGUCCGGAUCUCGAAUUGCCCAGGGCAGAAUCUCCUCCACCGCUCCCUGAACCGACUGACUCUGCUGUUUCAUCAUCGGGACAUGCGAUUGAGAUGGACGCAACACCAGCCGCUGCAUCAAGCAACAGCGGUGACCAGUAUGGUAACCUCAGAGAUAGCGAUACGGACGUCGCUGGGAUGGUGAAUCUCCAGCAGGGCAAGAACCCUUCAUCUCCACGGAGAGAGACGUUUGCCAGCGACGGAAGCAGAUAUUCUCAAGACGAGCAAAACAUGGCGCCUCGUGCCGCAUGGAAUCAAGCAACGGGAAGAAGCUCGCCUCAAGUGGCGCCUCUGGCGCCUCUCACAACAGCUCGCCAAGGACCUACUCCUGAUCUCUCUGGCACCACAGCUCCGGUAUCCAACGCUAAGGGCGCUGGCAACUACUACGAAGAUGUUGACCCCCGAUUUGACCAGACCGCACAUACUCCUCCAGGUCGUCGGACACCACCACCGCCAAUACGACUCCAACCAACUGCAGAAGUCGACUACGAAGAGAUGCGAGCUGCUGCUGGCGGAACACGCAGCCCCGCAGAGUCGGAACAUUCCAACUUUACGUCCAUCUCGCAGCGCGGUAUUAACCCGCAAUGGAACCCGCCCCCAAUGCCGACGCGCCGGCCAGUGCAGCAGCAGCGUCAGGACCUGAUUUUAGAUAAUCCCGACUUUAGGCUUCCCGGGGGUCGAUCGACGGCUGCAGCAACACGGAAAUUACCAGGCAUGACCCCUGACAGCGCGUAUCCAGGCCGCUAG